AUGGGUCUCACAUUUUCCAAGCUCUUCGAUCGCCUGUGGGGCAAGAAGGAGAUGCGCAUUUUGAUGGUUGGUCUUGAUGCCGCCGGAAAGACGACCAUUCUGUACAAGUUGAAGCUCGGCGAGAUCGUCACCACCAUCCCCACCAUCGGCUUCAACGUCGAAACCGUCGAGUACAAGAACAUCCAAUUCACCGUCUGGGAUGUGGGUGGGCAGGACAAGAUCCGGCCGCUGUGGAGGCAUUACUUCCAGAACACGCAGGGCAUCAUCUUCGUCGUCGACAGCAACGAUCGCGACCGUGUCGUCGAGGCGCGCGAGGAGCUGCAGCGCAUGCUGAACGAGGAUGAGCUGAGGGACGCGUUGCUGCUCGUCUUCGCCAACAAGCAGGAUUUGCCCAACGCCAUGAACGCCGCCGAGAUCACCGACAAGCUGGGCUUGCAUAGUUUGAGGCAGCGUGCUUGGUACAUCCAAUCCACCUGCGCCACCUCCGGCGACGGUCUCUACGAAGGUCUCGAAUGGCUCAGCAACUCCCUGCGCAAGGCCGGCCAUAACUAG